AGAGAAAUAUCUUUUCGCUUAAACUUUAGAAAUAAUGGCCUUCAUUAAUUUAUUCAUUAAUAAUAUUCAUUUUUCUUUCCGAUAUUUCAUGAUAUUCUCUGAAUAAAUAAUAAGGUUCCUGGAUUUUAUUUGACCGGGUUUCAUAUUCACCUUAGUGCAUCUUAAUUUCAGUGAAAAGUUGAAGGUUAUGUUGAUCAAUUCUCAUACAAUUACAUUGUUUCCUUGUGGACCGAAUGUCAUGUAAAUUGCAAAAAUAAACAAAAUCUAGCCAAAUGGGUUUCUUAAAAGUGUUGAGAAAGAUGAAGCAAAAGGAAAAAGAAAUGAGAAUACUGAUGCUUGGUCUGGACAACGCUGGUAAAACAACAAUUCUUAAACGUUUCAAUGGUGAAGCAAUCGACACAAUAUCUCCAACAUUGGGUUUCAACAUAAAAACCCUAGAACAUAGGAAUUAUAAAUUAAAUAUGUGGGAUGUAGGAGGCCAAAAAUCGCUUAGGUCUUAUUGGAGAAAUUACUUUGAAUGCACAGAUGGUCUGAUAUGGGUUGUCGACAGUGCUGAUAAACGUAGACUCGAAGACUGCAGGGAUGAACUACACGCUCUCCUUAAAGAAGAACGCCUUCUAGGUGCUACACUAUUAAUUUUUGCUAACAAACAAGAUCUACAAGGAGCUUGCUCAGCAGAGGAAAUAAAAGAAAUCUUGGGUCUAGAAGAAAUUAAAACUCACCAUUGGAAUAUUGUUUGGUGCAGCGCAGUGACUGGAGAAAAUUUAUUGAAAGGUAUCGAUUGGAUGAUUGACGAUAUUGCUUGUAGAAUAUUCACACAAGAUUAAUACGUUUCCAGUCUUUCAAAUGAUAUUUUCGAAUUACUGUGAUUCUCUUCCAGUUGAAGCGACUGGAAGUUUAAUUUAUGAUUUUUUGGUAUUUUGAAUGCUUAUUUAAAUGUUAUCGUUUUCAAUUGUAUUCUGAUCUAUACAUGUUGAACAUUAUUGCAUUGAUUAAAAGUUUUGAAUAAA